ACACACGCCUAAAUGGCUAAUGUUUUAUUCAUUAACUUCAGAGAGUAGUCCUGAAGACCCUUGGUGGGCACUGAACAUCGCUCAGUUUACGAAUAAAAACUCGUAAUUCUACCAAGAGAUGGCAGAUCCUUCGUUCGCUUUUUUCUGGUUAACCAUGUGGUUGAUUAGCAUUUCAUUACCUAAUCUUGAUCUGUUUUCAAUUGUAAUUAACUUUUAAUUACUGAUUAUUAAUAAUAAAGAAAAAUUUUCUCUCCAAGUUAACCGACAGUCAAAAUUGGUGUCUCUUUGAAAUAAUGAUGUUUUUGCUUUUUAGAGUAAACCCAAAGUUUUCUGAGAAAACGUUUUCAAAUCCCUAUUAUAUUUAAUCAUUAACAACUUUAAUCAAUUACUAAAUAAUCCUUUAAUUAAUAAAUCACAUGCUGAUCAUCCUGUCAUCAUAAGAUUAUCCCUAUGGGGAUAUGAUAAGUUUUGAAAACUUAAUUUUCCUCUAAUUGAUUUUGCUUUUCAUUUGUGUUGAGCGUCAAUAGUUUCAAUGUUUUGUCAACUUUUUUUUUGUAAGAUUAACAGUUAAUUAAUCAACAGAUUAGUUGAUCUACAUUCUUAUCCAUGUCCAAAAAUGUUAAUUCCGAUAAUCAAAUCUCAUCGAAUCUACUUGACUCUCUCGGUAAACUUUCUCUUCAACAAAUUGUGAUACUAGUGAUCAGUUAAUUGACUCCUCUUCAAUAUCUUCCUCUAAAAAUAAAUCAUUGCCAACACCCUUGCCUUCAUCUGACGUUCAUUCAUCAGAUGAGUUAAAAGAAGAGAAUGAAAAUGAAACUGUCCAGAAAACGGAAUAGUUACGAAUUUUUCUUCAUUUAGGCUUCCAUUUCCUAAAGAGCCAAUAAUCGAUGUGUUGAAUUUCAAAGAUUGUAACUUGGACUGGACGUUUUCCGCAGAUACUGAUCUUGGUAAUCCAAAGAGAUUGGGCUACUUUUCCUGUCAAAUUGCGGCUGAUGGAAAGACACAGUCAUAUCAUCCCGAUAAAUCAGCAUCGCGUUACUUGCAUUACUUCCAUAAAAAGAAGAUAAACAUGGAUCUUCUUGUCGGUUUCCAUCCCGAAAAGACCUGGGGUCGUGUUCCUCCUGGUGAGAUGCACAUCUUGAGAUGGUUUAAUGACAAUUUCUACGAGUGUACCCACCAAGAAGACAACGAAGAAGACGAUGAAGGCAAAGUAGAAGAAGUUAGCAUUGAUUUCAUUUGUUAUACUCGAAUGUUGCGAUCUGUCAUGAAUGCACCUUACAACAAUCGACAAGAUUGGAUUUGUAUAGCGAUCAAAGUUCGUGAAUCGAUUAUAUUAGACGAAAUUGAUACACCUUCGAGACAAGCAUCCACUGAUGGACAAACCAAUCGUCAAAAGGCUGCUUCGUAUGCAGGAUACAAAUUUGAAGAAAUUAUCACCCGCAGGUACGAUGGAGUUCACAGGCCAACUCACGACGAAGGAAAUCGUGAUUCUUUCUACAUUGUUUCCAAAGUCAAACUUAAUAAACAUACAAUUCUAUAUUGUAAUCGAGUCGAUUGUGCCCUGAAUAAAGAUCAGUUGGAUAAACCAGUUGACAAAAUGGAAUUCGCCCAGAUUAAAACUCGAUCCGCGAAUUACUAUACUGCUCAUCAAGCUAAAACCUUUUUCUGGAGAAAAAAAGUUAUACCUUGGUGGAUCGAAUCCAUGCUUGGCAAUAUUAAUCAGAUUGUCUGUGGAGAUAAAGAUGACAAUUUUUACAUAAGAAAAAUCUCAAAAUUGCAGGUUAACAGUUUACCUGAUGAAAGAAAUAUUUGGUCACCACGAACUUGUGUCACUUUCUUGGACAUGUUUCUUUCAUUCAUAAAAUCAAUGGUAACUGAUGAAUUGACACCAUAUCGAUUCUAUUGUGUUCCUGGUAAAGCAAUUGUUUGCCAAAAGAUGAAUGAACCAGUAGAAAAUUAUUUACCCUCUUGGUUUAUCAAUGAUGAAGAGCCAUAUGACUAAUUAAUCAAUAAACGAUAUGAUAUUCUUACCUUUUGAA